GUGGGGGGGACUGGAAGUUUUUCUUGCGCAGGCCAGUCUGGGAUAGCUUCCUGCCAUUUAAUGCUACUCUUUUACGCAAACUUUACAAACACAGUUUGCGAGGAGGACAAAGUAUUUUGUUUGGAAGCCCUCUCUAUAAGCGGGGUCUUACAGGAUUUAUUCCAAGUCGAGUGGAAGCAACAGAAAAAAGAUGUUCGAGUAGCUUCAAGGAAAGAAGACGGAAGCAGAUUUACAAAAAGACAGGGGGCGUAGUUUGUCCUUCCACGAGGUUCGUUGCCAGCGUGAGAUGGAGAUGAGGGCCGCAACUGAAGAGGCAUCCAAUAGCAGUGUAGCGGGUGGUGGAAGUACAGUCCUUCAGCGCCUCUUGCAGGAAAAGAUGAAUCGGAACUAUGUCCUGCAACAGCAGCAACAGUCUGGAGGAGGGGUUGGGGGAGCAGCAGCUGGAGGAGGGGGUGGUGGAGGUAGUUAUUCAGUACAAGGCCAGGUAAGCCCCUGUGAUGAUCAUUCAGUAAGUGCUCAUGUUGCACGGCAAGAGCCCCAGGGACAAGAGCUUCAGACGGACAGUGGCCUGGAGAAGGUUGGUGCAAUCAGAGUUGGAGGGCAUGGUGGGGGCAGUGGAGGUGGGGGAUGUGUGGGCUCUUGUGGGGAAGCAGGUGGUGGAGUGGGUAGUGGAAUUGGUGGGAUCGCCCAAGGACAGUGUCCUAACCUAGAAGAUCUCCCUACAUAUGAAGAAGCCAAAGUACAAUCACAGUACUUCCGCAGCCACAGUUCCCCUCCUCAGCCUCAGCAACAGAGCAACCAGGCCCAGCAGCCGUCAAUGUCGGCCUCAGUAGGUGCCGGCUUUUAUGUUACUGGAUUGAGCAGCACCAAAGUUCGUACUGAGGGUCGCCCAACACUGCAGCGUUUUAGUGGUGCAGGGAAGGUGCACCAAGAUGAUGGACUAAAAGAUCUAAAACAAGGACACGUCCGGUCUCUAAGUGAGCGACUUAUGCAGCUUUCAUUGGCCACCAGUGGUGUGAAGGCACAUGCUCCUGUAAGCAGCACCCCACUCUCUCCCCAGCUACCCCCGUCAGGGCAGCCUGGAGACUACUACAAGCCGCAGCAUCGCGGUCCACCACCAGACUACCCUUUUAAAGGAAUAUGUUCUCCAGGCAAUCAUCCAGAUUCUGGAGGGCACUUUUUUCAAGAACCAAGAAUAAGUGAUCUCUCCAGGGAGAUUCCAACAGUUCGAUAUCAGCCUCCUCCAGAAUAUGGCUCUUUCAGAUCCAGUAAGGAGGUUUCAGUUCACUACCAGAGACCCCUCAAUCAGCACAGUCCCACCUCUUCUGUCACCUCUGUUGGAUCUUUGUCCCGCGCCCAGUCAUCUACUCUGAGCAGUGUGCUUUCUGCCUCUCACUCCUCUCAUCCAUCAAUUCCUCACCAGUCACCUCCAAACCAUGGAGAGCCUUACCCAAUCAUGGUACCCCAUGGUCCACAGGGCACAGGCUCCCACCAAGUGGCAGAGCUUUUCCCUUCAGGGCCUGUUCAUCAGACAGCACAGAGGAGUCAUAAUUUUCUUUCUGAUUCUCAUGGCUCCACUCCUGGGUUGCAUCAUUAUCAGCAGCAACAUCAAUGUCAACAACAUCACCAACUCCUAGGACCUCCACAGUCCCAGUUGUCUAUGCAGGCAGGGCAUUUUCCACAACAGCACUCCUACUUACAGCUACAGGGGGAGCCCUUUGCAGUAAUGGCCCGUGCCCAGCAGAUGGUAGAUGUUCUUACAGAGGAGAACAGAAUUCUGAGACAGGAGAUGGAGGCUUGUCGUGAGAAAGUCACCAAGCUACACAAGUUGGAAACAGAGAUACAGCUGGUGUCAGAUGCCUAUGAAAACCUCGCUAAGUCCUCCUCUAAAAGGGAAGCUUUGGAGAAAACCAUGAGGAAUAAGUUGGAGCUACAGGUGCGCCGACUACAUGACUUCAACAGAGACCUGCGAGAGCGCAUGGAGACGGCCAAUAAACAGCUUGCCUCUAAGGAGUGUGAUAGCUCUGAGGACAAUCGCAAAACCAUCUCCCAGCUGGUUACUCAGAAUAAAGAAAUUCUGCGGGAGAAAGAGAAACUUGAGAUGGAGCUGAAUGGGCUGCGUUCAACUGCAGAUGACCAAAGGAGACACAUUGAGAUCAGAGACCAAGCACUGAACAAUGCUCAGGCUAAAGUGGUUAAACUGGAGGAGGAGCUAAAAAAAAAGCAAGUUUACGUUGAGAAAGUGGAGAGGAUGCAGCAGGCUCUGGCUCAGCUCCAGGCAGCAUGUGAGAAGAGAGAGCAACUGGAACAUCGACUUCGUACGAGACUGGAAAGAGAGCUAGAGUCUUUACGUCUACAGCAGCGUCAAGGAAACUCUCAGAGCAGCGGUUUGGUGUCUGCAGAGUACAAUGCUACAGCCCUGAUGGAACACCUAAGGGAGAAGGAGGAGCGAAUUCUGGCUCUGGAGGCUGACAUGACUAAAUGGGAGCAGAAGUAUUUGGAGGAAAGUGUGAUGAGGCAGUUUGCCCUGGACGCUGCUGCAUCUGUCGCCACACAAAGGGACACAUCUGCAGCAGGGAUAAACCACUCUCCGGGCAACAGUUAUGAUACUUCUGUGGAAGCUCGGAUUCAGAAGGAAGAAGAGGAGAUCCUAAUGGCCAAUCGUCGCUGUCUGGAUAUGGAAAGCAGGAUAAAGAAUCUCCAUGCCCAAAUCAUUGAGAAAGACGCCAUGAUAAAAGUUCUUCAUCAACGCUCCAGGAAAGAGCCCAUGAAGUCUGAAGGACCAUCUCCCAUGCGGCCUUCUAAGUCCUUGAUGUCCAUCUCUAACGUUGGUCCAUGUGGUUCAGGACUGCUUUCCCACAGCCUUGGGCUUAGCAGCUCACCAAUCACUGAAGAGCGCAAGGAUGCCAGCUGGAAGGGCAGCCUGGGAGUUCUGCUGGGUCCUGAGUGUCGCUCUGAGUCUCUGCGGACAGAAUCCAUCUCAUCGUCACCUUCCCCAGUAUUUUCCACCACCCUGAUGACUACAGGCCACUCAAAGACAGGUAGCAGGGACAGCUGCACGCAGACUGACAAGGGUCUGAGCCAGGAUGCCGCCAAGCCCAGCCCUUCAGCCUUGCAAAGUAUGACCCUGCCUGCCCGCCUAUCAAGCCCCAGCCCGGUUUACAUCCCCGAUCGCUUAGCAGAAGUUCCAGUGUUUCACAGCAGUACUUUUGAGCGGAGGUUCACUCUGCAGUCUCAUUCACAGCAACAAGCUCCUCCUCCAGCUCCAGUGGCCCAACAAGAGCUUGGAGAGGAAACGCGGGCAGAGGAAGGCGAUCCAUUCCUUACUAUCUGACACAGGGCAGCAGGUGAGUGAACCGGGCCAGAUCAGGAGGAGGGCUGUUGAGUUUUUGUAAUGUUCUGUUUUGGUUAGGUUCUGUUAGAUUCCCGUUUGUUCCCCUUUUUUUUUGCCUCCUGGAUUUUGUUAAUAAACCCAUUUUCAACACACAGCUCCGUGUCUGGCUCACAUUUGGGUUCAAUCUCUACGAUUCAUUACAGUUUUACUCCUCUCUGUUUGAGAGUGAGUAUAAGGAGAACGAGGAGCUGUUGGGGGAGUUCUGUGGUGGGCUGCCCCAGGUCUCUGAGGAGACCAACGUACAGCUGGAGCGCCUACCUGGGGGUACAAGAGCUCCAUACAGCCCUCCUGAAUAUGCAGGGCCAGAAGGCCCCAGGCAUCGAUGGUCUUACAGUAGAGUUUUUCAAAGCCUACUGGGACAUCCUGGCGGAAGACU